AUGAGUGAAACGGAGGACGCAGUUGAAGGCGAAGAUGACAACUAUACGAACUCAUAUCUUAUCGAUGACGACGCAGAUGAAAGUUACGACGCUGAAUUGGCAGAGAUGCUAGCCACAGUAGAAUCAAUUCAGCUUGUUGAUGACCAUUUGCAGACGACAGCGACAUCAACGCCUGCAACUUCUUCAAAAUCAAUUGGCAACCAAUUGAAUACUCAAUCCAACCAGUGUACUCGGCUCGCACAUGAAUUGACAGAAGCUGAAUGCAGAAAUUCGCAAAUACUUGUGAAGUCUCCAGCGGCUACAGUUCCUCUCGUGUCGGCUAGUAGAAGCCAAGAUGGAAUCAAAACAAUCACUCGCAGAGCAUUAAGUACCAGAAGUAGUGGCUCAAGUAAUCUAGGAGCAGUCAAGACAGCUGCAAUCUACGAGGAAAAGCUGCUACAGGCCGCGAUGACGACAAAAACUAUUGAAAAAUUGAGAAAAAAGGUGUUAGCUACUUCGCCUGCAACUAUUCGAAGUCGGGUUAAAUUUCUUUCAGUCCCACGUAACAAAUCCUCAGCUCGUAAAUUUGCUACGGAUGACGAAGAAAUGCACUGUCGUUUCCAGUCGCGAAGAAAUGAUGCUCUUCAUGCAAGGACGUCUACUCGGGAUGACUAUGACGAUGCAGGUGAUAGAGGACAAAGCUUCAUUUCCCGAAUGGAAGCUGCAGAAAAGAAUCGUCAGAAAAAACUUGAUUUGUAUCGCGGUGAGAACGACUACAACGCACGUCUGGAUAAGAAGGCAUGUCCCAAAUGUGGUGUUUCGCAGUCAUAUUCAGAAUAUAAAGACAAAAAAAAGAAAUGUCAAUUAUGUGGCGCUGAGUAUCGCUUUCUAAAUGCCUGGGGAGAUAUAAAACACAGCUUUAUAACUCGUAUGGACGAUGCUGCCCGUUCUCAAAUUAAAAAGAAAGAAGAGAUUGUUGCCCAAGUGACAGCGGAAGCGACCCAUCGAGUUAGUAUGAAAAAGACGCCAACGCAAUUACAAUAUGAAAAGAAAAUUGCGUCGAAACAGAAGAUGCAAACGUUUCUCGAUCGUAAUUAUACGCCAAAUGGUGAUUCGAAAACAAAGAGAGCGCAGAUUAAACUUGAAGCGAAGCUUAAUGCUGCGCGGUCAGCAAAGUAA